AUGGGUACUCAUAAUUUCAAUAUUAGUACAGAUUUCAUCUUGGAGGGACUCUCCAAUGACCACCAGACACAGAUUCUACUCUUUGUGGUCAUUCUCCUCGUCUAUAUAUUUACCCUUGUGGGGAAUGCAGGCAUCAUCUUAUUGGUACAGACGGACUCCCAACUGCACACACCUAUGUACUUCUUCCUUACACAACUCUCAAGUGUGGAGAUCUGUUAUGUCAACAGCACCAUCCCCCAGAUACUUGCGCACCUUCUAGUGGGUCAUGCAGAAUUAUCUUUAAUCCGUUGUGCGUUGCAGAUGUACACAGCUUUGGCCAUGGCAACUGCUGAAGCACUUCUGCUGGGCGUCAUGGCCUAUGACCGUUACUUAGCCAUCUGCCAUCCCUUCGUGUACAUCACUGCCAUGGGAAGAAGGUACCAGGUCCAGCUUGCCUCAGCCUGCUGGAUAAGUGGGCUUUGUGGUGGAGUCAUAUGUGUGAGCCUGACCUUUAGCCACCCGUUCUGUGGCCCAUGCUGCGUCAAACAUUUUAUCUGUGAAAUGCCGAUGGUGUUGAAACUUGCAUGCGAUGAUUCCCAUAUUACAGAAAUCCUCAUUUUUGUAUUUGCAGCAAUUGUUGUGCUUUGUCCUGUUUCGGUUAUCUUGACUUCCUACGGACUCAUUCUGUUGUCUUUGUUCCAAAAGCAGUCAGUUAGUGCAUUGCGCAAGGCAUUCUCUACAUGUAGCUCCCAUCUAGCAGUGGUCACCAUGUUUUACGGCAGUGCCACUUUUGUCUAUAUUGCACCACGGAUAAGUGCAGCUCCUGGUGAUGACAAGCAGGCUGCUGUGUUUUAUCUUGUGGUCACCCCUCUUCUGAACCCUAUCAUAUACACUCUGCGGAACAAGGAUGUCCAUGCGGCAAUGGCCAAAGUGCUACGAAAAUGGCGCUUUCAGAGAAAAGAUGAAUGCUGA